UUGCGGAAUUCGACGGAAGUUUAAAGAAGGAAAAUGUUAUUUCCAAAGCCAAGUGGGUGGAUAUUAUUCACACUUUCCUGGCAGAUGAUACACGGAGCCAUCUAUGAGUUUACACCAGAGGGUGAUCAAAUAUUUACCGCCUGUCCUGAUAAACCCGGCACCAAUGGAAUCCUAGAUAUUGUUGAUGUAUCGGAAAUAAUUACGGAAUAUAAUGACGGUGUUGUUCGCGUUGCGGGUAAUAUGACCUUUAUAUGGGAAGAUGUAAAACCCACCGAUCGCAUGGAGCACACUAUUCAUUAUCGUCCCUAUAAUGUGAAUACUACUGCCGAAUAUUUCAUAAAUUUGGAGGGACGUCAUAAAAUCGUGGUCAACGUCUAUGCCUAUGACGAAAAUAAUAUGAAACGUCCCAGAUCGUAUUGUUUUGAAUUGAUUGGUGUCUUUGCAAAAAGCAGAUCGAAAUAUAUAAAACGAAUUACGCCACAGAAAUUCGGCGUUGUUUUGUCUAAACUUAAGUGUCCGUUAAAAAUGGCUAGAAUGCUUCUAAAGCCUUGGAUUUGCCUAUUUUAUAUUGUUUCCCCAGUUGUGGGGCCCCGCUUCGAUUUCAUUGUGGAUAAUGAUGAUAUUUUCGAGAGGUGUCCAGAUAGGCCAAAUGUACAGGGAAUUCGUGACUUUAUUAAUUUAUCGGAAUUUACAAUUGAAUUCAAUGAGGGCUAUAUUAGCGGCUGGGGCCAGAUGACAAUGCAUUGGGAGGGUGUGGAAGCCACGGAUCGUGUUGAUAGUUAUGCGGAGGUCUUCAAAUUUCAACGUGGCACUUGGCAGCCAACAACCGUGUUGGUACGCGAGUUUAGUUUUUGUGAGCGACAAUUUGAUACCAACACGAUAUGGUAUAAUGUCUGGAGUCGCCACAUACGCAAGGAGGACCAAAAAUGCAUAAAUAAUUAUGGACAUGUCUAUCGUUACGAACCAUUUGAUGUGGAGACGGUAAACAAUUUUCCCAUAAACAUGGAGGGACGUCAUAAAAUCGUCAUCCACCUGGAUGCCUAUGACAAUUCAAAUGUUAGACGCCCCAAUGCAGAAGUUUGUUUUCAAAUUACUGGCGAAUUUAUAAAAGUCAAAUGAGG